UUAUGAAUCUCGAGUGUAUUGCGUAUCAUCAAAACUAGAAGGUUUCCGUUUAUUGCGAUUUUGGCCGUCGCUACAAAGUAAAUAGCAGACCAGGUAUGAAGCCAUCAGGCUCUGUCACCGUUGCAGUGGUUGGAGGGGGUGUUGCCGGUCUAGCUGCCGCUGCCUCCCUUAUUGAUAAAGGAUUUGACGUCAAGCUUCUAGAGGCUGCUGACUAUUUUGGUGGCCGGGUUAUGCAAGCCUUGCCCUUUCCUGGGUUUGCACCUGUUGAUUUGGGAGCUGAAUUCAUUCAUGGAGAUAGAACUAUACUAAACGACAUAGCAAGGAAACAAAGCUGGAAGGUUCAUAGGGAAAACUUGCUGGAUGCAUUGGUGUAUGUUGAUGGCAAAUCAUACCCUUGUUUGGGAGCAGAGCACCCAGAAAUUUCUGCUUGUCUGAAUGAAUUUAAAAAACUUUUAGCCGCAAAUGAGGAUCAAGGCACAGACUUUCUGUACCAGAGAUUGUGUGACCAAGGCCUCAGUGAUGUUGCGUUACGUUUUUUGGAUAAUUUUGAUGUACAAAGCCGUGGUGGAACAUUUACAUAUUAUGGUUUAGCUGAGAGGAGACAAAAAGAAAGCUCUUUCAAGGAGUGGGGAACUGUUAAUAUGAGGCUAGAGGGUUCCUACUCUCUGCUGAAAGAUUACUAUCUGGAAAAGUGUGAAAAAGUGGAUAAGAAACUGAACUGGCAAGUGAAACAAGUUAUCUUGGAAGAUGAUCAAUCAAGUUCAGUCAUUCUCAUCAACCAAGACGGGAAGCCCAUACAUGUAGAUUAUGUCAUAAUAACAGUUCCUCUUUCCAUACUGAAAGAUGGAGAUAUCAGAUUCUCACCUCCCCUUCCCUCUGAAAAACAGCAAGCCAUUGACAGUAUAAAAGUGGGCUCUGCAUUGAAAAUCAUCUGUAGAUUCAGAACACGAUUUUGGCAGCAGACAUUUGUAGUGGAUUUGGAUGGUUUCAUCCCCCAAAUGUGGAUGUAUUCCAGGAAUCACACCCAGCAAGGGAACCAGUGCCCCUGUAACAUGGCUGGCCCCACCCAACAAGGGAAGCAGUGCCCUUGUACGAUGACUGACCCCACCCAACAAGGGAACCAGUGCCCCUGUAUCAUGACUGGCCCCACCCAACAAGGGAACCAGUGCCCCUGUGUCAUGACGGACCACACCCAACAAGGGAAGCAGUGCCCUUGUACGAUGACUGGCCCCACCCAACAAGUGAAGCAGUGCCCCUGUAUCAUGGCUGGCCCCACCCAACAAGGGAAGCAGUGCCCCUGUAUCAUGGCUGGCCCCACCCAACAAGGGAAGCAGUGCCCCUGUAUCAGGGCUGGCCCCACCCAACAAGGGAACCAGUGCCCCUGUAUCAUGGCUGGCCCAACCCAACAAGAGAACAAGUGCCCCUGUAACAUGGCUGGCCCCACCCAACAAUGGAACCAGUGCAACUGUAUCAGGGCUGGCCCCACCCAACAAGGGAACCAGUGCCCCUGUAACAUGGCUGGCCCCACCCAACAAGGGAACCAGUGCCCCUGUAACAUGACUGGCCCCACCCAACAAGGGAACCAGUGCCCCUGUAACAUGGCUGGCCCCACCCAACAAGGGAAGCAGUGCCCCUGUAACAUGGCUGGCCCCACACAACAAGGGAACCAGUGCCCCUGUGUCAUGACUGGCCUCACCCAACAAGGGAAGCAGUGCCCCUGUAACAUGGCUGGCCCCACACAACAAGGGAACCAGUGCCCCUGUAACAUGGCUGGCCCCACCCAACAAGGGAAGCAGUGCCCCUGUGUCAUGACUGGCCCCACCCAACAAGGGAACCAGUGCCCCUUUGUCAUGACUCGCCCCACACAACAAGGGAACCAGUGCCCCUGUGUCAUGGCUGGCCCCACCCAACAAGGGAACCAGUGUCAUUAUAACAUGACUGGCCCCACCCAACAAGGGAAGCAGUGCCCCUGUAACAUGACGGACCACACCCAACAAGGGAACCAGUGUCAUUAUAACAUGACUGGCCCCACCCAACAAGGGAAGCAGUGCCCCUGUAACAUGACUGGCCCCACCCAACAAGGGAAGCAGUGCCCCUGUGUCAUGACUGACCACACCCAACAAGGGAACCAGUGCCAUUAUAACAUGGCUGACUCCACCCAACAUGAUGAACAGUGUCACGUGGUUGUGGGUUUUAUGACCGCUGACAAGGCGGCAUCGAAUAUUCACCUGUCUAGUGAAGAAGUGUGUGCCAGAUUCCUGGGGCAACUGGAUACCAUUUUUGGGACCCCUGAGGAACCCCGACCAGCCUCUGACAACCUGGUCAACUACGUGUACUAUCAUUGGUCCAAACACCCCUACGUCAGAGGUGGCUACAGCAGUCCCACUGCGCGUGCGCACGGCCUACGGCACCAUCUAGCUAGUUCGGUUAGCGGUCGACUGUUUUUCGCGGGAGAGGCAACGAAUGUCAAGGUCUCUGCCACCGUCCCUUCGGCGAUAGAGACUGGGGAGAGAGCGGCGGAGGAGGUGCUACAGCAAGCAUUGAGGAGUGGUCAUCGGAGGGUACCCAAUGCUGAAAUACUGACCUCACAGUCAUGGAUGCUGCAACAGUUACCUCGCAAUAAAUGCUAGCUAACUGUUGCAGCGACAGCAACGGUGAGCUCGCGAUCCUCUUCGGGUGUUGUGGUUUCCAUAUCAGCCUGGUUAUCGGGCGCAUGGACCCCCAUUGCUGCAUCGUUGUCAGGCCAAGGGAGCACGGCAGAAUUUUUUCCUAUUUAAUAACACGCGAUUGAUAUUAAAUAGAUCGAUAUUUUACGGAAAUACAUGCAUGGUUUGUAUUAUACUUUUCCCUUUAGAAAAUGUAAGAAACAAUAAGGACAUAUAUAAAACAGGCAACAGAGUUUUAUAUAUGGCCUCAAUGUUUUUUUUUACAUUUUCUUUAAAGGGAAAAGUAUGCAAACCAUGCAUGCAUUACGUAAAAUAUGCAACAUAGCUUUCAAACGGCAAAAAAAAAAACUAAACACAUAAGAUGCUACUAAAUAUUUGUGGUGAUAAAGGGGUGUUCAUUAAAUACAUUAAGAGGGGGCAGGGAAGAUUUUCACUCAAGAGACCUUAAAAUUUCGGACCCCCCCCCCCUUUCAUUUGACAUUUUUUUCGGUGCCCCCCCUUUCAGAACCCCAAAAUUUUUGGAGCCCCCCCCCUUACGACCUUAAUAAACAACAAAGGCUUUAACUCUGGAAAAAGAAUACUGCGAAGUUGCCAUCCUUGUCCGAUUUGAUGAUUCAGUCAAGUUCAUCAUUGUUUCAGAGUCUAACACAGGGACGGAUCUAGCUUUUUACCUUCGUAGCGAUUUUGGAAUGAACAGACAUGAAAAUAAUAAAAAAGGCAGCUCAAGAGGUGGGGGGGGGGGGGGUUGAAUUCAAGUGAGCAGGAUUUUUUUUCUCAUGAUCAAAAGGUGGUAAUUCUUUUAGGCAUACUGCAUAUUUUUUUCAUGUAAAAACAUGUUAAAUGGUGCAGGGAUUUUUUCAAUCAGUUGUUUGCUUUUCAAAAUCCCCCUCUCAAAUGUCAAAUGGUCCGCCCCUUAUGACGCCUGUGAAGGCAUAUACGUGUAUAUUUGUUUUUGUUAAGAAUAUUUUUCUGUAAAAAAGGGAUAUGUCCAACGUAAAAAAAAAUUGUAUGUAUAUCGUUUUGGGGAUUUGCAUGCUCCAGCACUGUUAAGAAGUCCAUUUCAAUUUGUUCCUGUUAUUCUGAUAAUAAACUGUAUCGGUAAAAGCAAAUGUUCUAUACUGGUAGUAUCUUUAUUAUGGUUUAUAAAGACAGUUAUAAAGAAGUAUUCAAUACAUCUGUCAUUAGGCUUAAUAUUUAAUAUUUUUUUUUUUGGUUUUUGAUUAAAAGCGGGUAUUCGUACCAUGGCACCUGGGGAGAAGGGGGACAUAAAAGGGAGUAAUGCUUGUGAUGCAGGUAAAGAUUGGUGGCAGGGGUGAGGGGUGGAGGGUAAUUGUGGGGAUAAUGCUACGGUGAGUGGAGUUGGAGUAUAAGGAGUGUCCGGGAUAGUGAUGCGGUUGUUCUUACCAUGGCGUAUAGUGUGAAUGGGAAGGAGGUAGUGGGAAGGGGAGGUAUAGACCGGAAAACAAAAAGGUUGAUAAGGGGUAAGGUGUACAUGCUGAUGGAGAAAGAAGUGAGUUAAAAUAUAAAUGAAAACAACAGUAGUUAAAAACAUGCACAUAAAUGUAUAA